UCGUCACUGCGCCGCGCCGCUUGUUGGCGUGCUCGCCCGAGCUGCCUGGCCGGUUUUGUAAUAUCGCCGGGCGGGCCGUGACGUCACGAGACUAGUUUGACGCGCAUGCGUGACGGCCUGCGCCAGGACGCUCGCGCCGUGUCGCAGCCGCCCCCGACCUUAACACCAAUGCUGGAAUACGAAGGAAACUAUGCGAACGAACAAAACCAGGAAGAUCAUAAGCGAUGUAUAUUUCAGCAUUCAGAGUUGGGGCAUUUAAGUGUCUUGCGGGGCGCUCUCGAGUGGCGCCUCCGCCCACCUGAAAACGGGGCAUCAGAGCAACGGGGUGAGAUGUCCGCGUCGCCCCAACCGGUGACCGCUUGCGAGGAGCGCUCGCGCACCCCGCGGGGGGUCGCAACACCCCCCUCCGCGCCCCGCUCACCCGCGCCCGCGCACGCCGUGCUCGCCACCAUGACGCCCGUCCAGCCCGCGCACGAUUACUACCCGCACAAGGUGGAAAUGGACUCUGACGAUGGAUAUCCUGAAGCACACUCCUACCGCCACUCACCUCACGAGUUGGCAGCUUACGCACCCGAUAACAAGGUGGCCGUCCAGCCCGACGUCUACGACCAGGGCAUGGAAUCUAUUGAUGAAAAAACACCCAUCGAUUUAAUCUACGAGGAUGAUAAGGAAACGGUGAUAUAUACAACAACCCCGGACCAGAAGAGGGUUGAGAUGAUAAGCGGCCAACUGGAGGAUGGUCAGUUGGUGAGUGGAGCAGGACAAUUGGUUGACGGUGGCGUCUCCGUAGUUGUGGGCGCCCCGGGACAAGGAACGGUGCUCGUCCUUGCUGAUGAACAUGGACAAGUCAUCACAAUACCAAGACGUCGUAAGGAAGUGAUGGAAGUGAGCGGAGAGUCUUGGCGUGCGUAUUACACUGGUGGACCGGAACAUCCGCUCAGCGCUGCGACUUCUGCUGUGCUCGGGGUCGCUGAAGACCCUCAACCCCAAUCCCUCGUCACCGAGUAUUACAAGCUGCCUCCGCUUGUCCAAGAUGCUCAUCUCAAUCUACACAAGGAAGUUUGGCCGGCCGGCGGAGGUCUGAAGGCGGCCAAUGGCGGUCACGGGGCGGAGCUGGGUGAACUGACUGGCCUCCUGCACGCGGGCCUCGUGAAGCGCGAGCCUGAGGACCUCAGCCGUAAGGUGGUCGAGGAGCCCGAGCACGCGCUCAAGCCGCCGCGACACAAGGUGGCGGUCGGCGAGCCCGGUGAGGCGGCGUCGCCAUCUCCUGUACCCUCGCGAGCCUCCUCAGCAGGCUCACUUCUUCCAGACGCCGCUAUGUACGCAGCGCAAAUGUUUGCGCCCCCAGGCACUCCCAGUCCUACGCCCUAUGGCGAGCAAUAUCCGCGCCAGACGACGACGUUCGCUGGCGAGCCCUACUACAGAGAAUAUUUCAUCGGCGAUGGUUAUCAGCAAAGAGCGGCACCGCCAUACAGUGACACGGAAUCAGCAUCAGCAUCGGCAUUCGGCGAUCGAUAUUCGGCGCCACGUUAUCACAGCAAGAGCGUGAUAGCGGCCGCGGGGCUUACUGUCGACCUCCCGUCACCCGACAGCGGCAUCGGCGCUGACGCCGUCACUCCUCGAGACCACACAGCGGUCCAGCAGUCGUUCGAGUACACGGUGAUCUGCCAGCAGCCCGUGGGCGAAGACGGCAGGGGAACCCCCGCGGCUCAUCAUUCGCCCGCACAGCCACCGAGGACACGUCCCUGGCACGACUUCGGUAGACAAAACGAUGCUGAUAAGAUACAGAUCGCUAAAUCAUUUUCACCUUAUGGGUUUAAAUAUCACUUAGAGACGGCAAGUAGCAGUUCACAGCGGCGUGAAGAUGACCGCAUCACAUACAUUAACAAAGGACAGUUCUAUGGCAUCACGUUAGAAUACGUCCACGAUCCAGACAAGCCACUCAAAAACCAGACAGUGAAGAGCGUUGUUAUGCUUAUGUUCCGGGAAGAAAAAUCACCGGAAGAUGAAAUUAAGGCAUGGCAGUUCUGGCACGGUAGACAACAUUCAGUCAAGCAAAGAAUAUUAGACGCCGACACUAAGAACAGCAUCGGCCUCGCUGGUUGCAUAGAAGAGGUUGCUCACAACGCCAUCGCCGUCUACUGGAAUCCACUGGAAAGUGCAGCUAAGAUUAAUAUCGCUGUCCAAUGUCUGAGCACAGAUUUCAGCAGUCAAAAAGGAGUUAAGGGUUUACCACUUCAUAUACAAAUUGACACCUUCGAAGAUCCGCGGGACACCCAAGUCUAUCACAGGGGUUACUGUCAAAUUAAAGUUUUUUGUGAUAAGGGGGCUGAAAGAAAAACAAGAGACGAAGAAAGAAGAGCCGCGAAGAGGAAAAUGUCAGCAACGAAUCGGAAAAAGUUGGAUGAGAUUUACCACCCUGUGACGGAAAGAAGCGAGUUCUACUCGAUGGCUGAUUUGUCAAAACCACCCGUUUUAUUUAGUCCUGCAGAAGAUAUUGAUAAAUUAGCGGGAAUGGACAUACAGGGAUUCUAUGGGCACGACGAAGGUGCUCUCGCUGAAGCUCAUCUCAAGGGCGCUUCCCCAUUCCUCUUGCACGCAGCAAAACCUCAAGCACCAGCACUGAAAUUCCACAAUCACUUCCCACCUGAUGCACCUGCAUACAGAUCUGAUGUAGGUGGUCUGUCUCCGUACAGUGACCGUAAAGAUUCUUUGGAAUUGGAAGGUGUUUUAGGCAAGCGUGCUCGCACCUCCACCCCUCCUCUUAGCGAACGCGUGAUGCUGUACGUGCGCCAGGACACCGAUGACGUUUACACACCACUUCACGUCGUGCCACCGACCACGCAAGGCCUCCUGCAUGCGAUUGAGAAUAAGUACAAAAUUUCAAGUUCGGCAAUUAAUAAUCUUUAUCGAAAGAACAAGAAAGGGAUUACAGCCAAAAUUGACGAUGAAAUGCUCGCGUAUUACUGCAAUGAGGAUCUGUUCUUACUGGAGGUGCGACCGGCCGGCGGAGACGACGAGCCGCUAUACGACAUCACCUUCGUGGAACUGCCCCUUGACCACUAACACCAGCCCCUACCACCUGACGCGGGAUACAUUGGACACGUGUGAUAUACCAAAUUAAAGUGCUGAUAAGCUUCAGUUCGCUUUUGUAUAGCUCGCGUUACACCACAUUCAGUUUUAAUGGUGGUGAAAAGGAAAUUCAGUGUUUAACAUUCCAUAAUAUACACUCAUUAUUUAUAAAUAAGGUUGUCUCUAAAAUGUCGAUCUCAGAUUGAAAAUUACUAUUAAGGAAAACAUCACCGUAAUCUAUUGUCACAAACAUGGUUGGUCGUUUUAUAAACGACAUAGCAGAUCAUUUUGUACAUAUUUUAUCUAUCUGUAAGUGCCUUAUGAAUUAAAUUUGAACAAAAUGGUAUACCUCAAAAGCGAUUGACAUGUUUAUUAGCCUUUGAAGUUCCUUAGUUUUGAUCACUAUUACGGAAGAACUUAAUGAUCUGUUGCUGAACUAAAAUUUGUGUGCCAUUCGCUCGAUAUCAUACUAGAUGUAUUUAGUAAAAGUUUUAACAGGUACCUUUUAAUCUUGCCAUGAUGAUAAAGUAAGAAAAUUCUUGUCACAAAUGUAAUAUUGUAGAUAAAUAUCAUCUACAAUAAGAAAACUAACGAAGUGCCUUUCAUAAUAAUUAAUUUUUAUAUAUGUAUUAAUAUAAGUGUGUUAAGUCAAAUUAAAUGCCAUCCACUUUGUUAAGUUUUAUAUACUUAAGUUUCGCUAUAUAAGCUCGCUCAAUUCAUUCAUUUAGGAAAGUUGAUGUUAGAAUAAGUAUCAGUGUUGUGUCACAAUGUUUUUUUUUAAUAAUUCACAUUAAAUUGGUAAUAAUACGUGACAAUCAAACGCUCAGGUUAGAAUGUUUCCAAUAGCUGAUUAUAAUUAAGAAUCCAUUUAAUUACACUGAGUUCGAUGUUAUCUCAACAAAUUAUACAAAAACGCCUUUGAAACUUAAAAGGGAAUUGACUAAUAUAAAUAAUAAAUAGAGAUAAUAAAAGCAAAUUAUAAUUUUAAAUGAGACACCAUAGUUACUUUGCAUAAUAUCUACUUUGUAGUCGUUUCAAGUCAGUCACAAAAUCGUACAUCAGAACAUUUACAUACAUCUGCGGGACUGGUAUGUGCUGGUACAUACUUUUUAAAUAUUUUAUUGAUUUUAGGUUUUAUUAAAUAUAAUGCUUUCGAUACUUCAGAUAUCUGGCCAUGACAACUUGGAAUUAAAAUAGUUUUGCUGUCCAAGACUUUAUUUUAAGAUGAAUUGAAUGAAAAUGUAUUUUCGAGCCGUGCCGAUCUUUUGGAUGUUAUAAAUUCUUUCUUAUCUGGAUUUAAGACAUUGGUUUUUUAUAUGACCACGGAAUAUUUGUUAGGUUUUCUCCACCGAUUAAUUCAAAAUUCAGAACCAGGUUCUGUUCCUUAAAGGGAUUGGUCGAAGACAAAGUCGCCCAACAUAUAUAUACAUACCUAUAUAUUAUAUAUAUUAAAUAAGCGCUGUGCCUAGUGCGGACGGUUCGAUUAACUGCCAUAUUAUGACAUAGUUUAGAUUACUUGACGAUUUUAGGUUUAAGAGUUUUAAGUGUAGUUCAUUUUAUUGUCACACACGUUGCAGGUAGGAUCGAAUUUUUUAUUAGGAUAACGCUAUAUAUGUAUAUUCAUAUUUAUGUAUUUUAUGUAAUACAUAAUUCGUUGUUUCGCUUCCUUUGAUCAUCGUCAUACUGACCACAGAUCAAAGUUAUUGAUAUCUUCCAUUAUAUUAUUAUGUUAUGAUUUUACACACUCGUUGACUUCUGUCCACAUUACUUUAAGAAAUUCGGAAUCUCUAUACAUGUUAUAAGUUUAAUUUGCAUUUUGCUCAAAGUCUGCAUUUACCUUGGAGUGGGGCGGACUCUAAGUACUUACAUUGUUUUAUAUUUUACUUUUACUUAUCGAUUUAAUGAUAUUUAUUUAUGUACUUAUGAUUAUAAAUUGCAGCUUUAAUGUUUACUCACAAUGAUGUUAGAUCGUGAUUCUGAAUCUCGUCAUAAGUCACAAACGUCAGUAGCAAUAAAAUACGUAAAGCAGUUAGUAGUUAAAUGGGCGUGUUCACGAAGCGUCGCGCGUCGCCAGCCUACGAUGUUGUGCAAUGAUUAGUUUACGGAAGUAGAUCGAGUGUGAAUAUUGUAUGGGGGUAGAGCGCGCGCGCAGCGCAGCGCGUGGAGGGCGCUGGCGACGCGCCGCCGACGCGGGCCGUCGCCUCCUUGAGAUAGUCACACUAGUUGUUAUAGACAUCCAGAAAGUGGUAGCACAUUUUCGUUAAUAAAUUUUAAUGUACUUAAGUUUAAAUUGAAUAGAUGUUACGUUAUUCUUUUAUAUGAAUAUUUGUAAGUUGUCAUAAAAAUAUUAUUAAUAUAAUUAUUUUUAUCAAAGUUUAUAAUCUAAAUAAAAAUGUUUUUCUUCAAAACAUAAA